GGAUCGGAUCGUAAAAUCCUAGGAGCCAGUGUUUCGUACGGUUUCGAUUUUCAAUAAAGCGGAAAAGAAAAGGAGAGAUAUUGUGUCCCCGUUCGGUUAUUAAACUGUCUGUGUAUUAAUUUUCUUUUCUUCUUCGUGAUGUGAUGAAUCGUUCGAUCGUUCGAUUUUUCUCGUGGAAAACUAGUGCGAUAAUAAUCGAGGAGUCUUGGAUUUUCCUUACUAAGCGAUUUUAGGUUCUUGUUCGGUUCUUAUUUUCAAUCUAACAUCAGGUGCACGAUGUGCAAAAUUUUCUUGAUGGAAAUUGUGUAAAAGUAAAACAAUAAAUGGCGCAGUGUGAAGUGAAAACGGAUUUACCUAUAAGCAUUACCAACGGUGGCAGAGGAAGAUAAAAGAAAACACCCACUGAAGAAACACAAACACUCCAGAUAAACAGCGAAGCAAACAUUAUUGAUAGGCUUACGAGUAUUCGAAGAAGUGAAUCCUUCUGGGAAUUAGUGCUUUUCACGACAAAAUAUGGUCAGUUCAACCAUCACGCUCGAUAAGAAAUCAUCGUCAUCAUCCUCAUCGACAGCAACGGCAUCAGCUUCGGCACAGGCUUCCGCUGAGCAGAACACCAACAACAGCAUUAUCUCAAUACCGCUAAACGCUACCGCAAGCACAAACUGCAGCGAUUCGUCGUCGUCGGCGGCUUCUUCAUCAGCAUUAGGCCUAAGUGAGCAAAAGAUUUCCAUUCUCUUUCCGAAAUGCAAACCCAGGGUAGCUGAACAUCACUACCAGUCGAGCGUAUCAAGUGGUAUUCUCAUGAACAACAAUAACAUUAUUAAUAGCAGUAACAACAAAACUAGUAUGAGCACAAUUACGAGCAACAGUAAAUCGGACAUUACAGGCACAUCUUCGUCGUUAACCACGCCCACAUCACUUACGUCUUCUUCCUACGCACUGAAUAGUUCAUCAUACGGAAUGGAGAACAGUGGGUACCGUGGUAACAGUACGGGCAUUUCCGGCCCUGGGUCUGGAUAUGAUUUAUUAGGAAGUAGGCAAGAACUCAGUUCAAGAUUGAAUAAUAACCAAUAUGAGAGCAGUCGCUCGAGCAGUCGACAUGCGAGCUCGGUGGACAAGUACAGCUUUUACUACAAUAGCCAACCCCCUCCGUUGUCAACGUCCCCGACGGAGAACAAUGCUAACGCUGGGGGCAACAGCAACCACUUCCUUCCAUCCGAUGACGAGGAAGAUGAAACUGAUAUGCAGAAGGAUAGUUACCCACGGCACAGUUACUACACCAGCCGCCAGUCGCAUUACUACAAUCUUCCAAAGCAGGACCCGGGGACACCCAGCAGCAAUUCUCGGUACCAUUGGGACCUAUCGUCCAGCAGCGCGCUGUCCUAUUCAACACCCAUCUCGUCCACAGUGACGUCCACCAUUGGUGGCGGUAGCGGGGGGAAGCGAGCUUCGAUUAAAUCAUCCUACACAAAGGUGCUGCAGUCUCCCCUGGAGGACGAAAGCGACAUUGAGGACAAGCUGAAGUACUUCAACUAUCAAAACGAGAUGCACAACAGCACUACAACCGGUGUGGUCAACAUGCCCGUGAGCGGCUCGGCCGCCAUCGAGAAGCCAAGUGGAAUUUAUAGCAAUUACAAGACUAACGAAAUGAUAGUCUUCAACGAUAUUGAUGAAGAGCGACGACGUGUUCAACAGCAGCAUCAAGCUCAACGUCAGGAGAAUGACCACAAGCAUGGCAGCUCUACCGGUGCGGCAGGACUGCACGUGUCGGCGGCCACGGCCGAUGGUCUGGACGACGGGAUUAGUCUGCAUCGCCGUACCCAAUCACUGCGGCAGGACAAUAGUGGUGGAAUCGGGGGUGGAGGAGGAAGUGGUGGUAGUGGGGGUGGUGGUGGUGGUGUCGGCGAUGAAGGUAACAACAGUAACGAGACCAGCAGUGCGCACAAAACAACCUCGGCAGCAACGGCGGCGGUGUCCAAUUCUGGAUCGAAUAUUAUGGAGUACGAAGGAUCCCCUCGGCGGUUUGGAUUAAGUUUGAACGAGGACAGCGCGUCCUACUACAUGUCGUCCAACUACAAGCUCAACCUGACUUCCCCAUCGCUACUGACACCGCCACGUCCGGGCUUCCCCCAGCGGGUGAUUCCAUCGCAGCACCAACAACAACAACAGUCAGCGAAUAAUAGUAAUACGAGUGCGGCCACGACUCCCACCCCGAUAGGCACCGGUUCCGCCAGCAUGGGCCACCACCAUCCAUACCACCCGACGCGGUCUCCCACGCUGCUGGAGCAGGUCAGUUCGGGACUGAACAGCUCGGUCACGUUCGAUGCCAAUGCUCUGCUAAGCGAAUUCGAUGCAAAACGGGCUGCCGUCAGUGCCAGCACGAUAAGCAUUGGCAGCAACAGUGUACCGGGCCCGGCGGCUACAAUGGAGUCGUCGCCGCUGGAGGUGAACAAGCUCAACGUGAUACGAUUGGACAGUGACUAUCGAAGCGAAGAUCUCGAGGAGAUGCCCACGAAACGGUCCACGCCGGAAAUUAAACCAUCGCUGGGACUGAUUUCCACCACGGCUGAUGAUAAUCCCACAUUUGGAGCGGGCUCCUUCACGACACCCAUUACGGCCUCGUCAACGUUUGACUAUCUGUAUGAGUUUUCCGAAACGCGAAAGGUGCUGGAGGAGUUUUUCAAGUGCCCUACAACGGAGGACGUGGAGAAAGCUUUCGAGAAGUUCAGUGACUACAACGAGAGUGGGGAUGACGUGGAGAGCUUGGACAUCCAUUAUGAGUACCCGGCUGAGCUGGACAGCAAGGCACUGGAAACGACCUACAUCGGAUCUUCCAUCGGCGCGGAGCAGCAAAAAUCGAUGACUACACUGACCAGCAGCGCUGGUAUCAGACAGCAGCAUCUACAGCAGGAUAUUGGAAUGGCAAUAGGAACCCGCAAAUCGCCAAUCAACAAUAAUAACAAUAACAGCGACGCCGAGGUGGAAGUUGAUGACGACGAUGUUGGUAAUGGUGAAGCACUGGAGGACGGAGACGACGACGGGGAAGAGGAUGAGGAGGACGAUGACGUUGAAGGGGGCGUCGGUAGUAAUCUCAAGUAUAUGAUCAACGUCAAAAGUAAACCAAGGAUUAAAAACGGGUACACCAGCUUCCGGAAGAAGAAGCAGGAAAAGAAACUCGUUGGGAUGGGAUCGAACGCUCUUUCCGGAAUUGUUACCGUUAGUGGCGGAAAUGAGGACGAUAAUGACGGAGAGGAUGAAGAAGAAAUAGAUAUUUAUAGUGCAAAUCAUCAUCACCACCACAGUUUUCACAUCCACCAGCAGCAACAACGAUUGCAACAACAACAACAGUCCCAGGAGCAGCUGCAGCAGCAUCAGAACUUGAGCAAUGUGCGGCAACACGUGAUAAUGCAACAACAGCAGCAGCAGCAGCAACAGUAUCAGGAACAUGAAAGGCAUUUCAGCCUGUACUUGGAUCCCGGAAGCCGCGCUAGUAGUUGUGAUGUGAUUAACGAAAGUAAUCUCGAUUCUACGCAGUUUAUGACGAACGGAAACGGAAAGAAGCUCCGGAGCAACGGUGGUGGUUCCGGUAAUGGGAAAAAGCCACUGGCACGGCGCCAAAGCAAAAACUUCAACUACUCCCCGGAUACGACCGAUUAUGAAAGUAACUGCGGCGAUUACGACAGCGAGAUUUCCCUAAAGUACGGUAGUGAGUAUGGUGGCGGCAUUAUGGUCAACGGCGGUAGUGAAAUGAUGUGCGACGAUCUGAACAAUGGUGUCAUAAGCAGUGCGUCCACCGGGAAUAACUCUUGCUCGACGAUGAUUGAUAACGGCGUGAACAAUGUGACGGGUACGGUUGGGAGCACGGGCAACUACGCCCGCUACUACACCAGCAUGCCUGUUCUGGAGGAUGGGCUGUCGAGUGGUCACGUGUCCGAUACGGAAAACAACAAUCCCGGCAUUUUGCCAACACCGGAUUUAAUCAACAGCAGCCAUAAACUGCAACAGGCGUCCAAUUCGUACAAUUUGCUAACCUCUCCCACGAGCCACACGAUGAAACCGUCGAUGAACUCCUCGCCGGUGAUAGGAAACCAUAACAACAACAUGGAUGGCCUGUACGGAAGCAACGGGUUUAGGAUGAAUGGCACAACCGGAGGGCUCAACUCGAGUACGCUGCAGAACAAUAAGAUAUUUAAGAACCGGGACCCGGAAUUGGAAUCCUUGUACACUAUUAACACCAUUCAAUCAACGCCACCACCGCCAGCACCGGCCCCGCAUAGGAAAUCCUCAAUCGAUUGUGACGCGCAAACGACCUUGCAACAGUUACACAACCAACAGCAGGCCAGUUCGGAUGUACAGGCGGCGCUCAAGGACAUCCGAACCUGCCUACAACGUAAUAAAACGCUUUCAUCGCCUACGCACCCCCAAUCGCAGUGCCCGUCGGUUCAACAAUUGCAACAGCCACUCCAACAAUCGACAAUGAAGACCUACGAAAAGCACUCCUUGUUAACGGCGGACAAGUUAGAAUCUCCUGUUCCUUCAAUUUCACCAGUGUGGAUACCCCGAUCGAGGGAAAGUAAGUUAGUAGCGAUUUCCCCCACAACGGUGAACAACUCUUCAUCGGGACUGUUACUACCGACCACUCCUACGACCGGUGGACCCACCGAAAGGUCAACUAACUUGUCCGGCGAAAAGGAUUCCCUGCUGCAUGGAAACAAUGCAAAGAAUUUAAGUGCUCUUGACGAUGACGAAGAUCCGGAUACGGACUUGGAGACUGACCGACUGCUGGGUCACCAAAGGUUGGAUGACCAGGGCUUUUACGACGACAACAGCAAGAGUUGGACGGAUCGAAAAACUCGCUCUCUAUUGCACAAAUUAUCUCCCAAGCAACAGACUGGCUCCGUAGGAGCCAAUAACGGAACAUCUCUCUACGGAAGCAAACCUAAUAAUCAGGGGUCUCUGCUGCGGCAAGGACUCUCAACGUUACUUUCGCCUGCCAGUGCGAUAACGGUUGCUCAACCGGCCAGCUCACUUCCGGAGAUUGUAACGUCCAGCAAAGCAUCGCCGGGAAUUCUCAAUAGUAGUAUACAGAAUCAGAAUAUUAGUAGUUUAAAUAACAACAGUAUGAACAGUGCGAACUUGAUCAACUUGAAUGGGCCAAACGAAACGAGUGCCAUUUCGCCAGAUCACAGUCAUCAGACGUCUCCGAUCAAAAUUGAAAAUAAGACGAUCGAGAGCGCCAGUCCAAACGGAUCGAACGAUUCCAAGUCCGAUACGGACAAAAAGAAGAAGAACAAAAAUAAAGAAGUUUUGAUCGAAGGAGUUCUCUUCCGGGCACGAUAUCUGGGGUCAACGCAACUGGUGUGUGAAGGUCAACCAACUAAAUCUACUCGUAUGAUGCAAGCGGAAGAAGCCGUCUCUCGCAUUAAGUCCCCCGACGGAGAACCGCAGCCCAGUACCGAGGUGGAUCUGUUUAUAUCAACCGAAAAGAUCAUGGUCCUGAAUACGGAUCUGAAGGAGAUCAUGAUGGACCACGCUCUGCGUACGAUUUCCUACAUAGCGGACAUUGGCGACCUGGUAGUGCUGAUGGCGCGACGACGAUUCGUACCACAGGACGUGGACUCGGGCGAUUCGGGAGGAGGUGGCAACGCAACCGGAGCGGCAAACCAAUCGGGCCAAAUCCAGUCCGGUUCGACACCACCGCAGAAGAGUGCCGCUGGGCCGAAGGGCAACCGCACCCCGAAGAUGAUCUGCCACGUGUUCGAAAGCGAGGAAGCCCAGUUCAUUGCGCAAUCGAUUGGGCAAGCGUUCCAGGUGGCCUAUAUGGAAUUUUUGAAAGCGAACGGAAUUGAGGAUCAUAGUUUUAUGAAGGAGAUGGAUUAUCAGGAAGUGCUCAACAGUCAGGAGAUAUUCGGCGAUGAGUUGGAGAUCUUCGCCAAAAAGGAACUGCAAAAAGAGGUGGUUGUUCCGAAGGCAAAGGGCGAAAUCUUGGGUGUGGUGAUUGUGGAAUCCGGUUGGGGUUCUAUGCUGCCAACGGUGGUCAUUGCCAAUCUAGCAUCGUCCGGGGCUGCAGCUCGGUGUGGUCAGCUGAAUAUCGGAGACCAGAUCAUUGCUAUCAAUGGGUUGAGCCUGGUCGGUUUGCCGUUGUCUACGUGUCAGAGCUAUAUCAAGAAUACGAAGAAUCAAACAGUGGUCAAGUUUACUGUAGUUCCUUGUGCACCGGUCGUCGAGGUCAAGAUCAAGCGGCCCAACACCAAAUACCAGCUAGGCUUCAGCGUGCAAAACGGAGUGAUUUGUAGUUUACUGCGCGGGGGAAUUGCUGAACGAGGAGGCGUUCGUGUCGGGCACAGAAUUAUCGAAAUCAAUAACCAAAGCGUGGUGGCAGUUCCACACGAGAAAAUUGUCAACCUUUUGGCUACAUCAGUUGGAGAGAUCCUAAUGAAAACGAUGCCAACGUCCAUGUUCCGUCUACUGACCGGUCAAGAGAACCCAGUCUACAUUUAAGAUUGUCCGAAACCGGGCUUCACGUUUUGUUCUAGCUUGAGUUAUCAUUUUUGCAACUAAACAUUUACUCUCUCACUAUAGCUUUCACAAUACACAAAAACAACAUGCUACAAAUAACGGCAGAAACAAAAUCCAAACAGUACUAAGAGUAAACUAGGUAUUUGACACUUUUGCAAGAACACAUCAAAACUCAUCUUUAAACUAAAAAAAAAUCCGCAGUGAGAAUCUACAUACUUAGAUAACAAGAAUAAAAUAGACAUGUGCUUGGAAUAUUAAGAAGGUAAAACAGCAUUAUAAUGGAAUAAACAAGCAAGAGGAUAAUCGUAAUCGGAAUUUAUUCACGCCUUGGCCUUGCAGUUAUAAUUGAUAAAAAUAGUAAAGGUGAAACAGACUUGUACCACAUUACACACUGACACGAAAACAAGGAAAAACCGCAUUUACUCUUGCAAAUAUCAUUGCCGCUGGGCAGCAGAAGCAAAAAUCGAAGCAACCCAAAACCAGGUAAGAUAAAUUAUAGUCGGAUUACGCCUGUGAAGGAGGACGCAGCUUUUUGUAUUGAUAUCAGGAUGUUUAACGAACUCAUAUAUACGUGAUCGUAUAGGCGGCAUAAGAUUAGGCACACGAACAUGUAUUUGGUGGGAAAGAAAUAGUAACGUGACGUAAUGCUAACCAAAACAUAAGAUGACGAGCAUUGAAAAUAAAAUAUAUUUUUUGAAAUUGUUUAACACUAAGCUUAACUUAGCAGAACAUCUGGCAUACGUAUGGAACUAUGAAACUAUGGACAAAGUAUUAAAUGGAACAAUUUCCAUUAUCUGAAACUAAAAACGCUGAAUUAUCUCCUGAAAUAUACGUGUUUUGGCUAAUAUUCUAAAAUAAUGAAAAUAUGACAAAUGAAUGCAUUUCUGUUGAUUGUGAGGUCUGAAGUGACUAAUUGGGGACAAACAUUCUGAUAAAUUAAUUAAUGAAAACGUCAUUCUCCCCUGUCAAUAGAGGUUUACUAAUCGUAGUUUGGAGCGAAAUCAUGUUUUCUCAUUUCUGUUGUUUGAAUAUAUAAUUGAAGCAUUUUUUAAAGAUAAAGAAUGCUUUUGGAUGAAGUUGAUCUUUUGUUGCAAAGCAUCUGCUUGUAACGUUGACCUAUUAGGCAAACGAUUUAAUCCUAUAGUUGCAUUAUCGUUUGCAUUUCAACAUACUCCUGUACGAAGGACCAUAAUGAGGUAGGCGAGCCAGUGAGCAGAGACUUAUGCAGAAUGCACGGGAAAUGUGGAGAAUCUUAUUCCAGAGGCACAUUUGUAGAAACGUUAACAAAUCCAAGCUCGUGAUUGCAACAAAUUCCCAACGGAGAAAUGCUCCUUUUUUUAUGACAUAUAAUUGGGUUUCCAAUAGCCUUGCCAAUCCGGAGAUGGCGAGUUUCGGGUGGGAAUAGGCUGACCAGAUAAUUUCGGUGAAAAAACGGGACAAACACGCUUGCAAAACGGGACAUGUCAAAAAACCUCAAGAGCUGUGGAAAUUGCAAUAUUUAGGGGCUUAAUUUUCAUUUUUCUUGUAAGAAAUUAGAAAUAUUUUAGAGGGAAUAAUUCACCACCAUAAUUUUGUAUUCUAAGUUAUUUGUGUAAAAAUUCUAAACUACAAAUAUUUCACUCUUCAAUGGAAAGCAGCCAAAAAACACGAAGGAAUAUAAAAAAAUGGGAAUUUUGACAUUUUAUUUUAAUCUACUCUUAUACAUGCAUUAAGGUUUUGUUAUUGACCAAUAUCAAAAACUUUUCAAUUCUGAACAUUUGAAAAUAACAAACAAUAGUCAAAGUACCAAUCUAAUCAAUUCACAGUCCUUUUUGAUCGAAAUUGAUGUUCGAUUACGCUUAAAGUAACCUCACACUUCGGGAAUCUUGUUAAUUGGUUUUGUUCCCAUGUGCUCCUAAAACAGCGGGACUCAUGCAAUUUCGUCGCGGAAAGGUAAAAAAUCCUGGCCUAUUUAUAGCCUGAUUUGAAGCUCAGACUCUCGCAGAUUUCUGCCGGAUUGUAUUUUAAAUCGAGCCGAAUUUCUAAUUUUCAUAACGGAAUCCCAUAAAUCUCGUCCACACACAUGGGAGCGAAAUUAGCAGACAAUCCUGAUGUGUGAACAAGCCUUAAAGUACGUGCGGACCAUAGAUCUAGCCUAUAAUACGACCAAAUUUUCCCUCGGUUUUAAACUGCCUUAUACUCGAUUUUGUCAGUUGAUUUAUUAUAAAUUAUUAGUUUCAUGCUGUCGGUUUUUUACAGUGGAUGAUUUCGAAAUAAUCAGAAUUAUUAAGAAAGACUUUGAAUGAUUCGAAAAGAAUCAAACUAUUGAACAGCAGUACCUACUUCGGAAGAUUCAAAAAGAAUAAUGUAAAAUAAACUUAAUCUGAAAAUUAGAAUAUCUGUCUCUUAGCUUCAUUUUAUUGACGGUGAGACGUGACCUGAUUUUAAGGAAAUAUUUGUCUACCAAGUUACUAAUUCCGUUCAAUCCACUGAUGAAAUUGGCCAAAUUCUAAUGCCUCCGGAAUAAGCAGAAAAAAUCAUUGGAUGUGUUAAAAAUCUCCCGGAGAAGCACCUGUACCUGUUGUCAUUAACCGUUUAAAAGCUUAAGAAAAGUGGAAAAUACAAAACAGCAUAGAAAGCAUUAUUUUUAAGCAACACUAAUAACAUAAAAUCUCAAACUUUUUUUAUGGGUUUUGUCCACUUUUUUUGUUGAGAGAUGAGCCAGCCGAGAGCUGUAAAUCUCUCUAAUAGGGACGAAAAAAUUAUCAAUGCAGAAUCAAUGAAAAACGGGACAAAUUGAGAAUUUUUCAGAUUACGACGGGACAGCACAAACAGGUCUAAAAAACGGGACUGUCCCGUUAAAUACGGUACGUAUGGUCAGCCUAGGUGGGAAACAUUCUCAACUCCCUGGGGAUGGUGUAUCCAUUGUACUUACCACACAAGAUACAUACUCAUGCAAUGGCGGGCACAGAAAAGCUUUCAAUUAAUAACUGAGGAAAUGCUAAUAGAAUACUAAGUUGAAAAGCAGGCCAAUUUCCAGUUGGAAUGUAGAGCCAUAGAAGAAGACGAUGAAGAAGAAUGAAAUGGUAGUUAUAGUAAUGUCACUCUUUCUAUUCAUUUGAAUUUAAUUUGGUAUCUUGAUUUUUGAAAGAAUACUCACGGUUUAAAAGCACUGCAAGAAAGAUAUUGCCAACGCUUGAGACCUGAUACUCAACAUCUUGCUGGUUUGUCUGCGGUCUCUUUGAAUGACUUCAUCACCUGGGAAGUCGUCAAUUGAUGGACUUUCAGGUGUUUCCUGUUCUAUAGGUGGGUGUUUCAGACUAGGUCAAAUUUAUCAUCUCACUCUAUAACAUACGAUUAGUAAAUCUGAAUUAAUUAUAUAAUGGGGAAACUAUUUUUCUUUUCAUAGACCACGUUGAAACGCGCAUUCAAUACAUUUCGGUUCCUUAACUUCCUGCUGGCAUGGCCCAAAGUUCUAAUAUGACGACAUCGGAAGACACUACCGAAGGUCUACAGAUAAUGUGUGAAUAUAGUCUCUAUGCCGUUACGAUAUAAACAGAUCAAGAUUGAUGCUUUUUAUAUAUAGUUUAUAGAUAUAUGUACAUGUAGAUAGGUUUUGCUGAUUCAAAAAAAUAAAGAAAACAGUAGAUACAAAUGAGAUUGGACCGUCCCUUGACAAAACAUAGAACAACAAACUUAGAAGAGCCACCUUUUUCUUAUUGUAGUAGGUAUCGAGCUUGAAUCAAAAGAGGAAUUUGAUUUUUCAUCCGAAGAAAUAAUGUAGAUUUUCCGCAAAUUGUACCAUGAUUCUGGUUUACACGUAAACAUAUCAAUAUGUUCCGUUUUGAGUAUCAGUUUUCAAUUCAAUAUUUACUCAUCUACCAAUUGUUCAGCAUGUCUCUGUUAGGAAAUUGGUUUGAAGCGUAAUAGAAAAGCAUCUGAACGAGGUGAAAUAGAGAAUCAUGAUAUAUAGAAUUUAAACAAUGAAUUCCACUAGCUUCGCCUAAUCCAUGAACCAAAAACACAUAACUGUGCUUACAAGAAUAUCGCUGACGAAUUGAUGCUUUACCAUAUUAUUUUAAACGCAUAAAUGUGAUCGUAGAAAUCAUAGAGAACAAACGCUCAACUUGAGUUUCUCUGAAACAUUCCGCGAUGAAUAUACAAAAAUAUUUAUAUUCAACACUGAGUGUUUGAAUUUAUGUUGAAGGUAUGUUUCUCUGUGUAAAAAUGUACCUUUUUUGGUCAACCCUCAUCCGUCUAAAUGUCCUUCCCUUAAGUGUUUUGAUUUACUCUUGCAUAAAAUAAUCGAACGAAAUAAGCUAUCUAAAAAAAUUACAACAAAAUUUAGCAAGACAUGAAGUGGUUUGAACACAAUCGGAGUAAAAGGAAAUAUAUGCAGAAUCUAGAAUAAAGUGGUACUUUUGUAUUUGACACUAUUAUAAGCGAACGCAAAAAGACAAAAGUAUUAAUUGAAGAGAAUUAAAAAAAAUAAUGCAAAAGUUGUUCAUCACCUAGGACAAAAAAACAAACCAAAAUCCCUAACAAAAAUGCACUUUUUAUGCGCCACUCACCCGCCCGCCAUAGGAUCAAUGAAAAAUAAUACUCUUUGAAAAGUAGUCGACAGACAUAGUUUAUCAAUUAUUUAACCGGCAACAAACAAGAAUGAAAGGAAAAAGACAAAAAUUAAACUAAGCAGAUAAAUUAUAGCCAGCUGAAAGUGUGCGAAGCAAAUAUUUACAACAACUCUUGACAUUUGCUAGGAAGAAAAUUAUUGCCCCAAAACAAAAUGAAGCAGCGGAAUUUGGUGACAGUGUGGAAACUACGUCAACGGGUGCAAGACAAACCGUGUUACAUGGAGUGAAGUUAGUCCAACCAUAAUUUGGAAGAAAUGUUGGAACGCAGGCUUGAAUAAAACAAAAAAAAAUACAACGCUGGGUUGAAAAUGAUCAAACCAGACGAAAAAGAACAACUCUGUAUUGUAAUUAUGGCUAAACAAACCUAAAAAAACCUAAUGGGAAAUGUAUAUUUAUUCAAACAAACAAAAACAAAUAUAUAAAAUUUUGUGAUGUAACAUUCUCAA